GGGACCAUUGGUGUGAUUUUUUUUUUCAGAAAUUGGAUGAGGGAUCAGGACCCCCCUGACCCCACCCCCCAAAUCCGCCAUUGCUAAUGAGAACACUGUCAACAUCUUUUCUGAGUAACAAAUAGAGGGACAUUGCAUCUGUGUCAGUGACAAAUAACAGCGAAAUAAAGUCACCUGUUUCUGUGACAAAUAAAGUCACCAUAAAAUAAUUUUUCUGCGACAAAUAAAGUCAGUAUUCAAAGAUCUUCAUUUACAAUUUGCACCUGUUGGUUCAGUAAGAUAUAAAGGCACUAUUCAAAACAUUACCAUUUGCAAUGCAUUUGUCUCAGAAAAAAAAUAAGGUCACUUGCUUCUGUGACAAAUAAAGUCACUAUUCAAAUGUUUUCCUUGCCGGUACAAUGCACCUGCUGGUUCAGUAAUAAAUUAAGUCACUAUUAGAAUAAACGUGACAAAUAAAGUCACUUGUUUCCUUACAAAUGCAGUUCAUUACUUUUUAAUGUCUUUUUUAUUCAAAACUUGCUGUUGUAUAUUCCAAAUUAAAGUUUAAAAAAGAACUUAAUUGCAAUAAAUUAAGGGUGUACAGAAUUAAGAUUCCACCUGUUAUCUAAAAUUCGCAGAGUUAUCUGCGUGGCGCAGGCGCAGACGUAUUAGACUGUGACCUUGACACCAUUAGUUACGCUUUGGCUGUGCUAAACGCAGCGAUAGAAUAUAAUAUACAUUCAUUUAUACGUAUGAGUUAAACACUUCAGCAUAAUCCAGGAAGAUGGAGGCACUGUGGAUAAAACUACAAGCAACAGGCAUGAUUCCAAAAGCAAGAAGCAGCCAUAGUUUGACAGUGGUAGGUAAGAAGGCCUUUAUGUUUGGUGGGGAGCAUGAACCUCGAAAGCCAAUUGAUAACAAACUUCAUGCCUACGAUUUGGAGAAGAAUGAGUGGUCAGAAGUGCAUACGCAUGGUGCCGCCCCCUGUCCACGAAUUGCUUGUGCUACAGCUGCAGUGCAAGGGUGUGUACUGGUAUUUGGUGGAAGGACUGGUAUAACCAUGGGUGAGGGGGCCCUGAAUGACCUUCACAGCUUUGACCUAGAAUCAUCAACUUGGUCACAACUAAACACAAAAUGCCCUCCUGCUCCACGCAGCUUUCACACGACUACUUCUGUUGGGACAAAAUUUUUCGUCUUCGGUGGCUGUUCGGAUAAAGGCAGACUGAAUGACCUCCAUUGCUAUGACACCAAGUUAGGAGAGUGGGAAGAGAUGCCAUGCAGUGAGGCCAUCUUGGGGCGUGGGGGCUCUUGUAUUACAGCCCUUGGUGGUGCCAUCUAUGUUACUGCAGGCUUCAGUGGGAAGGAGAUGAAUGACAUGCAUCGGUUUGAUAUUGCAACAAGAACAUGGAGUCAGCUUUCCAUGGCAAGGCCCAUACCUCCACGCAGUGUUUUUGGCUGUGUACCAGUAGGCGAGCAUCACUUGAUUGCAUUUGGGGGAGAAGUGGAUCCAUCGGACCAGGGACAUGAAGGUGCGGGAGAGUUUUCCAAUGAAACCUUUGUUUUCAAUACCCAGAACCCCACAGAGGGUUGGACGAAGGUUUCAGUGAAAGGACAGGUGCCGCCCCCUAGGGGCUGGUUUGCUGCUGCUGGUUUACCCAAUGGAAUGCUGGUGUUUGGAGGGAAUUCCCCUAGUAAUGCCAGACUAGCUGAUCUGUACAGACUUGAAAUUGAGGGAUUGGCAUAGAUCUGUUUCAGACAGACAAAAUUGAAUUUUUAGGAACCUGCGUCCCAUAUCUACUUUAGUGACAUAUCCCGUCUUUGUGCUUUUUCAGUGAUAAACUGACCAGACAGUAAGCAGGACAUAAAACUUGUCUCUCUUUCAACCAACCAAAAAGUAUUAUCCUAGAGUGCCGGAAUAAACACAGGUUGUGCUGUUGCUUUGGCUUAAUCAGGAUUCUGAUUAAUGCUGCUUGUGCCAUACACUUUGAUUCCAUUACCCAUUGAAUGUAAAGGCGAAGUAUACCACAUCACAAAGUUGCCUUCAAUAUAAACAUAUUAUUAUAUAACAUGUCUUUUUUGCAUACCAAAUUUAGGCAGCAAACUGUAUAUCAUCUACGUGUUUGAUUUGAAUUGUAAUUAAUGGAACCGAUUGACAUUCCAGAUUAUGUAUUAUUCAUGAGGUUUUUGGGUAAAAAGAACCACAGAAUGUAUUGUUGGUUCCUUUAGUUUUAACAUAAACAGUUUACUUGGUGCAAGUAAUCAUCACUGCAUAUUUUAAUUUGCUUAAUGCUAUUUGUUCACUGGCUGGGGUAAUUUUGCUAAGCUGUGCUGGUGUUGGCUUCACAGAAGAAGUUGAGAUUGGAAGUUGGUCUUACCUGUGGCCCCAAGUUUGAUCAUCUUCUAUUUCAAGAUAAGCUGUUUUAAAAUAACUGUAGUGAUUAAGCAAUCGUUCACAGUCCAAAACUUCUUUUCAUUAUAUGAGGAGAGUGCAAUACUAUUGGGCCACGUUCGACUUUUAUUGGGUCUUAGUAGACUAAAAGUUGUGGUCUCUUCUGACUUCAGUCAUUGGGACUUUCUUAAAACUUUUCCCUAAUGUAUCAAGUGGAGGCAAAAUGUGUGCUUCCCUUUGUAAUUCCAGAAACUGAGCCGUGUGAGGUCCCAAAUUAUUGCUUUUUUUUCUGUUAAUUUUCUAGCAUAUUUAGACAAAAUGCUGUAUGAGAAAGGGAUUGCUUGAAUUCUUAGGCAUUUAUGGCAAGCUUCAAGGCAGCCCAUUAGUGUAAGAAAUUGUUGGUUAUUUCUUGUAGAUCUAAAUUGUUAAUUUGAAACAUACAUUCAGAAGAAGCACAUUUUAAUAAAUUUAUCAAUUUUUAAUCUAAA